AUGCCCCAGAAGAAGCCGUGCCAGCUGCAGAUGUUGCCUGCAGCACAGCCUGUCCAAAAUAUAGGAUCAGAUACAUCUAGAUGCCUGGAUGAGCUACAAAAUGCAUCUGAUGUCGAAGCACAGAUGGCUCAGCAGGCCCGCCAAAAGAUUCAAGAGCGUCUGAAAAAGAAAGUUGUGCCGCUGACUGUGAAGAACUCUGGUCUCAAAACAGUUUAUUUGAGUUUUCGGACUUUUGACUUUGUAAGGAACAUUUUCACCGUCAGAGAUUCUCAUGGAAACAGUAUCAAGACUAUCAGGAAGCACACUCUUGGACCAGGACAGGCAUAUAAAAUCAAGGUCCACUUCCACGCAGACCAUGCAGGCUUCUAUGAACAGUUGCUGAUCUUUACGUUUGAAACACACCAGCCGUCAUCAGAUGAAUUUGAGAUUAUGCGCCUCUUGGAAGUAAUACAUCAUACGUCCUUUAGUGAAGAGCUCCUCCCCACAGCCACAAACUCACUGUGCCGCCUCCAAACUGAGAAGUCAAUGUCUACUGAAGGUGAGUUGACGUGGCCAAAGCCUGUGGUGCCUUUGGAGCAAUAUCCAAUGCCCAAAAGUACAAAAGACUUCAUGAAAUCAGACACGCACCUGCAGGAGACACUUCUGAACUGGAAGAACUACUCCAAGAGAUUCCACCUGCUGUUGCAUCUCGAGGAGCUCCAGCUGAAGACAGAAAUCGAGAAGUUUAACCAGGAUGACGUGACCAUGUUCAGAGACAAAAGCAACAAGAAUCUCCUCAUUCUGAAGAUUGUAGGUGCCUCUGGAAACUCUUCAUCCUUGUUGUCUGCAAGCCAAGUGCUGGUGACUCCUUUAGAGUUUGAGAGGGGAAGUUUUGAAAAUGCAGCUUACAAAGGCUUGAUCCAUCAUGAGGAUGCAGAGCAGGUCCACGUGCAGUUCUGCGAAAAAUUCUUGAAGCAAUUCAAGGAGGGCUUGAGGUUCAAGGUGAACUUUAUUGUCAACCGCCUGCCCCUGCGUGUCCAGCAUAGAGCAGCAGCCCUGGCGUAUAAGCACAGACUGAAGAAGGUGCUGUUCCCUACUGGAAACAUUUCUUCCCAACAAUCAUGUUCCCAGAGUAAGCUGUUAGGGUUGGAGAACAACCCAGAGCAGUUCCUGGCCAUUCAAAACAUUGUAGCUGCUUCUGCAAAACCUGCCCCUUACCUGGUAUUUGGUCCUCCUGGUACAGGCAAAACUGUGACUUUGGUGGAAGCCAUCAAGCAGAUAGUGAAAACUCAGACAUCAUGCAACAUCCUGGUUUGCGCUCACUCCAACAGCGCAACCGAUCACCUCUGUGAGAAGAUACUGGCUGAAAAGACAUGCAGGCGCAAGUUGUAUCGCUUGUAUGCCCUAAACUGCUCUAUGAAAAAUAUUCCCCAAAUAUUAAAGCAUAAAUGCAACCUGGACAAAAAGACAAACACAUUUAUGAUUCCUUCUAAAGAGGAGCUGAUAAAGUAUAAGAUCAUGGUCACCACACUUCUAACUGCGGCAAGGCUAGUGACAGGAGGGAUUCCUCCUGGUCAUUACCCUUAUGUCUUUGUGGAUGAGGCAGGCCAGGCUGCAGAAACAGAGUGUAUCAUCCCAUUAGCAGGUUUAAUACAACCAAACAGAUGCCAAAUAGUGUUGGCUGGAGACCCUAAACAGUCAGGCCCCAUCAUCACAUCCAAGUUGGCAGUGAAACAUGGCAUGGAUGUGUCCCUGUUGGAGCGUCUGAUGAGGGACAUCAACCUGUACAAGUCACAUGGGACAUGUGGGUUCAACAGUUGCUUUGUAACAAAAUUACUGAGGAACUACAGGUCACAUCCUGAAAUUCUGAAAAUUCCUAAUGAGCUAUUUUAUGAAGGACAACUUCAACCUUAUGCUCCUAAGGAGAAAUGCAGUAAAUACUGCAAAUGGGAACAGUUGCCCAAGAAAGGUUUUCCUUUGAUUUUCCAUGGAGUGGCAGGUUCUAUUGAACGUGAUGCCAGAUGCCCCUCUGUUUACAACAUGGCAGAGGUGGAGGUUUUGAAAGAAUACUUAAAAGCCCUCAUCAACUAUCUUCACAAAAAGGGUGUUACACAAAUUGGACCAGAAGAAAUUGGCAUCAUUGCACCAUACAGAAAACAAGUUGAGAAAAUCCAGAUCGCCCUUCAGAUGGACAAAGAUCUCAGGAAAGAAAACUUAGAACACAUAUUGGUUGGGUCAGUGGAGAAGUUUCAGAGUAAAGAGUUCAAUAUUAUUCUGGUGUCUACAGUGCGCAGCAGUCCCAAACUGACAGCGCACAAGCAGCAAUUCACUCUGGGAUUUGUUGAUAAUGAGAAGAGGUUCAACGUGGCAAUGACCCGAGCCCGAGCUCUACUGAUUGUGGUGGGAGACCCCCGAGUCUUGAAAACUGACAAACUCUGGAACAAGUUUAUCCAUUACUGCUCCAAAGCAGGGGGUUACCGUGGCAUUACAAUCUCUGGUGCAGAGGAUGAGAAUCACCAAGCCUCUGGUAAUAAGCACAUUCACAAAUAUCCCCACACUGAAAUCAAAUCCUGGUUCUCUUCCAACUUUCUCAAACUCAACAGCGAUAAAACUGAGGUCCUCCUAGUUGGUUCAAAAUCCUCUCUCACUAACACUCCCAGUUUCACCAUCCCCAUUGACAACUCCUCUGUUUCCCCCUCCACUCAGGUUAAGAGCCUGGGUGUCGUCCUUGACAGCUCUUUGUCAUUCCAGACUCACAUUAAUAAGGUUACCCAGUCAGCCUACUUCCAUCUUCACAAUAUCAACCGCCUCCGUCCGUCCCUCACUUCCAACAGCGCUGCCAUCCUGGUCCACACUCUAGUUACAUCCCGCCUAGACUAUUGCAACUCCCUCCUCUUCGGUCUCCCCCACAAGUCCCUCCGCUGCACUACAGUGUCUAUUCAAAGGCGCAAUCCCACUACUGAGUGGCACGGGGGCUUUGACCUGCUCCUUAAGCUUGAUUUAUACUUCUGCGUCACGUCAACGGCGUAG